GAAAGGGGAGUGAGAGAGAGAGAGAGUGAGAGGGGGAAAGAAAAAAAAAGUUAAACUCAAAAAAUGGCUUCCUCGUCCUCAGAGUCCGCAGAACAAACGGAGAAGAGCGCGGAGGAGAGCGCGGCCAAAGUUAAAGAGGAGUCGGACUCGGACGAGGCGUCGGAGAGCCUGCUGGAGAGCCUGCGGAGCUCCUCCGUGCUGGGCUUCUCCCCGGAGCAGCUCGCCUGCGUGUGCGAAGCCCUGCUGCAGGCGGGCAACGUGGAGCGACUGUGGCGCUUCCUCACCGCCAUCCCGCCUUCCUCGGACCUGCUACGUGGCAACGAGACCCUGCUGAAGGCCCAGGCCGUGGUGGCCUUCCACCGGGAGGAAUUCAAAGAGCUGUACGCCAUCUUAGAGAGCCACGACUUCCACCCGAGCAACCAUGGGUUCCUGCAGGACCUCUACUUGAAGGCGCGCUACAAGGAGGCGGAGAGGAGCCGGGGGCGCAGCCUGGGGGCCGUGGACAAAUAUCGGCUCAGGAAGAAGUUCCCCCUGCCCAAGACCAUCUGGGACGGAGAGGAGACCGUGUACUGCUUCAAGGAGAAGUCCCGCAACGCCCUCAAGGAGUGUUACCGAGUCAACAGGUACCCGACGCCCGACGAGAAGAGGAACCUGGCCAAGCUCACCGGCCUGUCUCUGACCCAGGUCAGCAACUGGUUCAAGAACCGACGGCAGAGGGACCGCACGCCGUCUGGCACCAACAAGAGUGAAUCCGAUGGAAAUCACAGCGCAGAGGAUGAGGAUAGUAAGGCAGAUUUGGACGACACCAUUGACAAACCUGUUGCUCAAGAUGCUGGAGGCUCAACUGCUUCUCUCAUAUCCCUCUCCAGUGCCCCCUGUAGUACUGGAGGUCAGCUCAUUCUCAAUAGCACAGGGGGAUUCCUGACCAGCCCCCACCCUCUGUUGCUCAAUGGGAGCCCUUUACUGUCAGGGACAGGAACUGGAGUUAUUAUUAAUGGACUGACACUGAGUGAUGGCCACACGGUCACCCUCAGUCCCGUAACUGCUAAUACUCCGCUGUUACUCAAUGGAGCACAGGUUAUUUCUAAGGGGAGUGGGAAUGACAGCAAUCCAGAGGAACACUGUGCUACUGAUAUGGAGACACAGACCAGCCUGCCUACAGUGGUCCUGAGCCCACAAGCCAGUCUCACUAGCACAGUACCUGUUCCCAUGACUGAGGAAGUGAAAGCGUCCAACCGCAAUGUCUCUCCAUUGGAUUUCAUUAGUGUUCCAGAAAAUGUGACUAUAAAGAAUGGCCAAGCCAUCCACACAGUACCUCCCACCUCUAUAUCCACAUCCACCAUUUCUUCCACAGUCAUGACUCCCACCUCACUUCCUUCAUUGGCACUGACUCAAAACGGCAUGCUCUCUUCACCAGUUGCCCAUUCAGGUACAGUCAUUUCCAGCCCUGUAGUGCCUGUACAAUCCACCCAGCAGCCUGAAAUUGUGGUGUUAGCAACUGCUGGUUCUCAGUUGAAUCCCACCACAUCCAUUUCUCAAGUGGCACCUUCUUCCACUGUCUCCAGCCCUCAGGUCCUAUCUUUGCCCCAGGUGGUACCCUCCAUCCAGGGCAUUCCAGUAUCCCAGUUGGUGCAGAACCCAACAGGGACUCAGGUGUCCUCCUGCCCUCAGCUGGUGCCAGUGUCCCCCAUCACGCCCCAAGUACCCCAGGGCUCCAUCCCUCAGUUUCCAACCCAGAGCCUGCAUAUUGGUCCCAGGAUUACUCAGACUCAACCUCAGAAUAGUUCUACCACAUUUUGCGACAACACUGUUGUGUCUGUCCCCCAGGUGGUUAAUGGACAAGUUCCCCAGGGGCUAACACUUCAGCUGGGUGAUCAGUCCAAUUCAGCCACCAACUCGCAGAUACAAAAUCCACUGGGGACCCAAGUUAUUCCCAUCUCCUCCCCAACACAAGUAGUGCCUGUUUCACAGUCCAAGGACACAGGGCAGCCCCAACUGGUCCCAUUGCCCCAGCUCAUGCCAGUGUCCUCCAUGGCUGGAGCUCCUACAGGAACCUUCUCUUUCUCUCAGGUGGUUCCAGCAGCACCCUCUCUAUCCAUCCCAUCCCCUGGAGGGGCUUUCCAGAUUUUAACUUCUGGAACUGGUGCAGGAGUUGGUGUGCCCCAGGGAGCUUUACGUAUAACCCCAAUUGGACCACCUCAGAGUGCACCUACAGCUGGUGCCAUUCCAAGUGUCCAGCUUCUUAAUUCUGGGGUGAUUCAGCUGCCUUCCGCUUCUCCAGGAAACUUCGUCCUGGCAGGUGGAAACCCAUUCCUUAGCGUUCAGAAUGGCAAACUUAUCCUCACUAUUCCAGCUGGGAUCCAGUUCACCAGUGUGCCUGUCAAACCAGUCACGGAAAUUCCAGGCCCAAGCCCCAACAACAGUAGCAGUAGCACCGGACUGGAGCAAACUACAGUUGGGCCACCCCUAGAUAAUCAGCCCGUUUCUACAUCAUCUGUGCCGACGUCUAGCCCCCUCCAGUCGUCUCUUUACAUCUGUUCGUCUGGACUAUAUUGCAGCCCUGAGCCUGGUACUCUUGCCACCUCUACUCCAGGGGCUUCUCCAAACACUCCAGACUCUUCCACCCCAACCUCCACCAGUAUCCUGCCAUCCCAACAGACCCUCUGCCCUGAAAGCAUGCUUUCCUUCAGUCCUAUCAGCAGUGGAGUGGCCAGUGGUCCCCAUCUUCCUCAACCAGCUUGGAGUCCUGUAUCCCUGUCCUCUUCAUCUGGGCUGACGCUGUUUGAUGUACGUGGGAAAGGGGAUCUACCUGAGGACCCUGCUUUGUUAGGCUUACCGGGUGGAGAGUCCCUGCUGUUAGGUGCCUCCCCUCCGAGUGAUGUGGACAGGGAAUCUCAUCUUGAUGAUGUAGAGAUGGAUGGGGACUCAAAAAUUCUAACACAAUUACAGUCUGUCCCUGUGGAUGAUGAUUUGGUUUUGUAACUGUUCUUCUUGUGGGCUACAUAUUAGAAGCACCCCAGACAAUCGGUGAACAAUUUCAGUGAACAAUUCAUGUGUGAUCUCAGAGGUAAGAAUCUUGGUUGUAAACACACGAUACCUUAUUUUUUCCUGUAUGUUGAGAUAUAGGAAAUGGCUAGGUCUAACAGUGACGUGAUCUAUAAGGGCUUGUAGCUUUUUUUUUUGGAGGUCUUAUCUAAGUCUCAUCUUUACUUGCCUUUCUUUAUUCACAUAAGACUUCGGGCUAUAAUUAACGCUACCUGACGUUCUCAUGAUGAUCAUUUCUUCCCAUUACACCCACUGUCUCCAAAUAAGACAUGGGACAUGUGGAUAAACCUACCCUAUGGACAAACAACCAGUAGCAGAGCUAAUUUUAUUUUUAGUAGUUUAAAUUAUGCAUGAACUUCUGUUCACCAUGCAAUUAGUUUAUACUACUCAAUGAGAUUAUACAGCAUGUAGUUAAAUAUUUCCCUUAUCCAACACUCCAGUUCAGUGUUUCCCAACCUGCUCCUCAGGGACCCCUCAGACAGUCCACACCAACCCAACUCAACACAUAAGGAUGAAAGUAAAAUGUGGACUGUCUGGCAGCCCUGAGGACUGGAUUGGGAAACACUCCAUACAGUCCAUCACUACAAAGCACGGCACUAUUGGCCAGUUUAUUUGAAAGAAAAAAGGCCAGCUUCUAACCAGAGGAGGGACUCUAAAUAGAAGUUUCCAUAUAUAGGCAGUGAAGAUCUCUUUAGAUCUUGGCAGCUGGGAGCUCCUCAUUAUUUGUGCAUUGAAUCACACUGUCUAUAUUAAUUUUGCCAAACUAUUUUCUGUGGUGCUAGAGACAGAGUCAUUAGAUAUUGCAGUGUCUUUGAGAAUGGGGCUGAAGGAGUAAUAAGUAGUAUUUAUACCUUUUUGUUAGCAACAGAAUAUUGUCUCACUCUGGUAAAAGGAGUGCAUAUUGACUUUGGAACAGGAAGUAGGCUAACCUGCAAGUUUAACACAACCACUGUUGAAAAGAAAGGCCUUCUCCAGCUUUUAGACCAGCGUGAGGCUCCGCAUUUAGUGACCAUGUUAUAUUCCACGUGUGUUAAAAAAAGGGGUGGGUGAUAUGACAAAACUAUAACAUCACAAUACUUUUCACGAUAUGCAUCAUCAGUAAACCAUCAGAAACCAAAAUUCACAACGACGAGUGGCUAAAAUAUUGGUACGCUCCUCAUAUUUACUAUUACUGAAUUUUGAAAAAAUGGAAUGGAGAUAAAAUCAUGAGUUGUGCCACUUUUAAAAUGCACCAUUGAACCUAAGAAUAAAAUGAUUUGUCUUUCACAGACUACUUCGCUAAAUCCAAUUAAGCAGGCCUAAUUAUGGUCUGUUUGAGACAUGCCGUUCUUUCUUGGUCUAUGAUAUGAUCAAACAAGCAUAUUGUGGUAUAUUGUGAUAACCAAUAGUGAUCAAUAUAAUUUUGCCCACCCAUAUACUAAAAUAAGAUACAUUUUCAAUGUGGUAUAUAAUGUCAUAGGCUGCUUUUUACUCCUUUAAAUAAGACUGAUUUUAAAUGGCUUUUACAAGCGGCAUGUUGGCUGCAGUUUUUGGAGAGGAAGUUUGAACUGAUUUUGUGUGGGAUAUCAAGGUCAAAUAGACAAACAGUCUCUUGCAAUAAGGUUUAUCUUAAAGAGAAGAGAGGCAUGUUAUAUCCUGUUGUUGUUAAACUCUCAACAGCAAUCUGAUAUUUUCAGAUUUGUUUUUUUUUCAGUUUUAGAUACUUGUGUUAUCCAUUUACUUUAGUGUAGUAUCCAUCUGCAGUGUGUAUAUAUAUUUUUAAUCCUUCAUGUCCAUUCAAGGUCUGAGCUAGCUCUUCACAGCAUUCUUACAGUGUCUCUCAGCUAAGCUAAACAUUACAUAGGUGGCCCAGUACACUUAAUGUUGUUUGUCGCUCUCAUGACGAACGCUGAUGGUCAUUACUCCUGUUACGGCUGCACACGGGUUAACGGACAUUAAGGGUGUAAUGAUUUUAAUACAGGUUCCAAAAACAACUUAAAAUGUGUAGUGAAAUACAUCAUCGAUUCACUUUUGAGCGUCUCUUAUUCACCGUCUUUCAUGGAAACCACUGUCAGCAGUCACAGCUAAAUAUCUUGGUACAU